UUUGCCGAGUUAUAUUUACUUAAUUUGCCGACUGGCUUCGGAAAAUCUCUGAUUUUUCAAGCUUUGCCGUUAGUCAUCGACCACGUAUCAAGUCAGCUAGGCCACAUUUGUGUUGUUGUGUCGCCUUUGCUCACUCUAGUGGAUGAUCAAGUGGAAUAUUUGAGAGGCAAGGGAGUUACAGCGGCGAACAUUAGCUCUUACACUGAAGAAGAGGCGACUUUGAUAGAAAAGGGAAAGAUUUCUGUUGUCUUUGGCUCCCCAGAAGCUUGGAUUCAAAACGAACGGUGGAGAACAAUGCUUGGAAAUUCUGUGUAUUCCAAAAAAUUAUGUGCUUUGGCCAUCGACGAAGCCCACGUAAUAAGGCAGUGGGGGACAUCCCAAAGCAAUAAGAUGGCUGCGUUUCGUCAUUGCUAUGGAAAGCUGUAUGAGUUGCGGUCCCUUGCUCCAAAUACCCCAAUGGUUGCAUUAACUGCAACAGCANCGUGCAGUUGCGUUCAUUUCACGAUUUCUUUGUUUCAAGAGUAUCGAUCCUGCAAGUGCAACACUUCCAAACCAAGUGCUUUUACGGUUUGCCGGCUUUGGUCGGCUGGCACUGUUCAACAGGAACGCGUAAAAUAUUGGAGCCCUUUCUUGCCAUUCUUCGCACAACUUUUGAAGAUCAAAACUCUGCAAAUCUUCCUUGCUUGUUUUUCUAAGCAAUGA